AUGAAAAUUGAUAUAGAACGAUUGCAAGAAGAAUUAGUCGAAACAAAAUCUAAUUUAGCUUUAGUUAAUCGUUUAUCCUUAGCCAAUGGUGACUUCAUAUGGGAAGUAAGAAAUUUUAAUGCAUGUUUAUCCGAUGCAAGGUGUAAUUUACGAGACUCAAUGUACAGCGAGGCAUUCUCGACAGGCAAUCCUGGUUAUAAACUGUGUGUCAGAGUUAAUUUGGAUGGUGUUGAUGAUCGUAGUAGAAAUUAUCUUUCAGUCUACGUUCAUUUAAUGCAAGGCGAAUACGAUAACGCAAUGAAGUGGCCGUUUAACCGUCGAAUUAAAAUUUCUGUUCUUGAUCGAAAUCCAGUUCGCGGUGAACGAAGAAAUAUCACCGAUAUAUUAUCACCUCAACCUAACAUUACUGCCCUUCAACGUCCAAAAGAAUGGAAAAGUCCGCAAGGUUAUGGUUUUGCUAAGUUUGUUAGCAUUUCGCGACUGUCUUCUCGUUAUUACUUGGCCGGUGACAUUCUAGCUAUCAGAAUUCGAGUUUUAAGCUAG